GCCUCUGUUCGCGCUCUGUGGCCGCCGUCGCCCCGCGGGGGAGCCUCUCGUGUACUCCGCGCGCACUCUGUGGCCGCCGUCGCCCCGCGGGGUAGUCUCCGACUGUGUGCGGAGGUGGCUGGGCACGGCGGCGGUCGGUGGCCAUGGUGUGUCCCCCUGUGCAGGCUGUCUCCGGAGAGGAGAUCGGACGGCUGGUCACCCGACUGGAGCGGUACGGGCUGCAGACGGCACAGGUGCGCUGUUUCCUGUUGCUGCUCCAGCAGGGCGUCAAUGACUCGGAGUACUGGGUAUUCGCCAGCGACGAGGACACGGCAGAGGCGCCGGUGACGCUCGUGAUAACGCUGCCGCUGCCCGGUCUGCUGGUGAUGGACGCGUUCUGCGCCGACUCACCGGCCGGCCACGACCGGCUGCUGGCCGCCCUGCUCUGUGAUCCCGUGUCGCGGCUGCUGUGGCGGCCCGACCGCCGGCUCAGGGCCGACUCGUGGCCGGUCCGACUGCGGCCGGCGCUGGAGCGGGCCGCCGGCCGGCGCGGCUACACGGUGACGCCCGUCAGCGCCGGGGCGUGCCUGUUCGUCCGCGAGGCCGACGGCGCGCCGGACACGGAGGUGGCGCAACUCAGCGCUCCCGAUGACGUCGAGGUGCGUCCGCUGAGCAUGUGCCACCUGGAGCGGGUGCAGCAGCACUGGCCCUACCUGCGCCACGUGCCGGACGCCGCGGCCAUCCUGCGGCGCAGCGUGCAGACCGGACUGAGCGCCGGCGUGUUCGUCCGACGGCGGCCGGCGCCGGACGGCCCGGCGGAGCCGCAGCCCGUCAGCUGGAUCCUGCUCAACACGGUCGGCAAACUGGGGUUCGCGCACACGCUGGAGACGCAGCGGCGGCGCGGCCUGGCGCGUCUGGCGCUAGCCGAGCUGACGCGCCGCUGCGAGGCCCGCCACCUGCCGGCGGUGGUGGCCACCGGCCGCGACAACCUGGGCAUGCUGGGCGCCAUGCGGCCGCUGGGCUUCACCGCCGUGCAUGACGUGUUUUGGGCGGUCGUGGCGCCGCCCGCUCCCACACCGACGGACGCGGCCCCCCAGUCCGCUGACGUUACCGACAGCAUCGGCGAGCCCGGGAGUUGAUCUGCCAUGGCCUAGUCACAUCGACUCCCACACAGACAACAGAUCUGUCGCCUGCCGGAUCCGUAUCAGUCACAUCAGUAAACACGGUGAUCAUGUGCCACUUUUCCAGAGUUCGGUAGGUUAUGGUUAUUGAAAACACCGCUCAUCGCUUCAAUUUCUUCCCUACGCACGCGCCUCUGGAU